AUGCUGACGUUGGCGGGCGACCCUCAGAAGAGAGGAGGUGAAGUGGUGACCAUGUGGAUCCCGACCCCCAGCAUGACUCUGCCUCAGCGUUUGGUGCUCUAUGGGACGUGUGCUGUGGCGUUGAUGAACUCGGUGGGCCUCCUGGUGCUCUUGGUGCAGCAGAACCAGCAACGCGUCUUGUUGGAGCAGACGGAGACAAAGCUGACGGAGGUGGAGCAGAGCUCGGUGGUGGAGUUCCUCCAGGAGGUUCCGAGAGGAGCGGCGGGGCUGAGGGCGAGCGCCGGGGAACACCAGCAAAACCAGUAUCAAUACCAGUACUCCAGGAAUAAGAGGAGCGAAGAGCUGGAGAAGCAGACACAGCAGGAGAUGCAGGAGCUCCACCAGGAGGAAGGAAAGGAGCUCCAUCCGCAGGAGGCCAGCCAGGAGGUUGGAGAGGAAGCAGAGAAGAAGAUGAAGAUGAAGCACAAGCACCGACACGGCCAGAGUUACCACAAAGCACACGUGCAGGAUGACAUGAUGAUGAUGAUGACUUACUCCAUGGUCCCGAUCAAAUUGUUGAUCGAUAUUUGCAACAGCACCAAGGGAGUCUGCAUCUCCGGACCACCAGGACCGCCUGGUUUGCCCGGUGUGGACGGUCUUCCCGGCCACAAUGGGACUGAUGGCAUCCACGGACUGAAUGGACUCCCCGGGGCUGAUGGGAAAAGAGGAAAAAAAGGUGAGAAAGGAGAGCCGGGUGAAACGGGAGAGCGAGGAGAGGCUGGUCUACCCGGAGAGAAGGGACAACCGUCCAACGACGUCAUUAUUGAGGGCAAGUCGAGUCCUCCUGGCCCUCCUGGGCCCCCUGGGCCCCCGGGACCUCCUGGCCCUCAGGGGCCUUCCAGAACAAGGCACCACAGAGCCAACCUUCAGGCUGCUCAUAGCCUGGGGCUCUUACACGCGAUUCCAAACGAUGACACCUCAUCUGUAAAGGAUGCUGUGAAACUACACGAGAAGCCCGCCGAGAACACCGAGUGCCUGAUCAAGUCUCUGAUCAACCCCAGGAAUGUGACGAAGAUGGAGAGCACAUUCGGCACGUGGAUGAAAGACACCGCUCGGCUGGACGAUGAGAGGAUUUGGGUGGCGGACCACUUCUCUGGGCGCGUGGUGAAGGAGUAUCAAAGCAUUGCCUCGUUCCAGAACAGCAGCAUCAACGUGGACGUGAGAAAGUUCUACCAAGGAUGCGGCCACACCGUCCACAACGGGUCCCUCUACUAUCACAUCGCCGGUACAUCCAGCAUUGCCAGGUUUGACUUCCUCACCAAGAAGCUUCACACCCUCUCCAUAGAGAAUGCUUUGCACCACAAUCUCGCCUACCUGCUCCACAACUCCAAAACCUACUUCAAGCUGGCGGCGGACGAGAACGGCUUGUGGCUGAUCUUCGCCUCCAGCGUGGACGAGAGCAUCACGGUGGCCCAGCUGGACCAGAAAACCUUCUCCGUCACGUCCUAUGUCAACACCACCUACCCCCGCACCAAGGCCGGCAACGCCUUCAUCGCCUGCGGGGUCCUGUAUGUCACCGACACCAAGGACACCAGGGUCACUUUCGCUUUCGACCUGCUGAAGGGGAAGCCGGUGAAUGUGACCUUUGACCUGAGGUCUCCAGGUGGCGUGCUGGCAAUGCUCUCCUACAGCCCGAAGGACAGACACCUGUAUGUGUGGGACCACGGCUACGUCAGGCUCUACGUGGUCCACUUCCUCUCUGACGAGUGACGGGCUGAUCGCGACAGACAUGACUUAAGUAGCGGGAACUGGUUCUGACCAGUC